UCUGAUCGCCUAUCCCACAUUAACCUCUCUCUUCCGUCCCGAACCGACUCAUUCUCGCCGUGCCAUUUCUGACCUCCGAUCCGUCGCUUCACUGCAUUGUCGCCUCUUGCGCCCCAACAUUCUUGUCUUUGUUCGAGGUCAAUUGUUUCUUCCUCUUUCGCAGCCCCUCCAGAACACACGAGGCCUGAAAACCCAAGCAGCGCGGUGCCCUGUCGCAGCCGUUCGUUCAUCAGGCAUCGCCAUCGCAGCGUCCCUCCUGGCGACCGAAUAACGACGACUACUUCUUCUGAGCCCGCAAGUACAGCCUUCUACAGGCGCACAAACCGCCAUCAUGUCGACGAUACAACAACUUAAGAACUUCAUCCGACAUGGAAAGCAAGCCCGCACGAAUAACUACGAUGAAGCCCAGCAAAAGAACAACUCAUCCCCCCCACGAGCUCCCGCCGCGCCCGCCCAGACCGAACCCGGCUUCACUGCCCAACCAGCACACGCCCCCAUGGCCGACGCGUACUCUGUAGGACCCGCCGGCGACCAGAACCGCGUCGCCAAAGCCGGUCACGCCGCAGCUCACGCCGUCGAGCCCCAGCAGAAGGUCAAGGUCAAGAAGCAGGUCGACAGUGCCGAGAUCGCCAAGUUGGUCGCUGAGGAAAACGAGACCCGCGGCAAGUUCCCUAAGUACCCCGGGCUCGAGCGAUGGGUUCUCCUCGAGAAGAUGGGCGACGGCGCCUUCAGCAAUGUCUACCGAGCCCGCGACACCACGGGUGAGCACGGCGAGGUCGGCAUCAAGGUCGUCCGCAAGUACGAAAUGAACAGCAUGCAGAGGGCGAAUAUCCUCAAGGAAGUCCAGAUCAUGCGCCAACUUGACCAUCCCAACAUUAUCAAGCUCAUCGACUUUUCCGAGUCCCGCCAGUAUUACUACAUCAUCCUCGAGCUAGCCCCGGGUGGCGAGCUCUUCCAUCAGAUUGUUCGCCUCACCUACUUCAGCGAAGAGCUCUCAAGGCAUGUCAUCGUGCAGGUUGCCAAGGCGCUCGAGUAUCUCCACGAGGAACGAGGUGUUGUUCACAGGGAUAUCAAGCCUGAGAACAUUCUGUUUGAGCCUGUGCCCUUCGUUCCGUCCAAGACCCCCAAGCCCAAGCAGCCCGGUGACGAAGACAAGGUGGAUGAGGGCGAGUUUAUUCCUGGCUAUGGCGCUGGUGGCAUCGGCCGCAUCAAGAUCGCCGACUUUGGCCUCUCCAAGGUUGUGUGGGACACCCAGACCAUGACGCCUUGCGGCACCGUCGGCUACACCGCGCCAGAGAUCGUCAAGGAUGAGCGAUACUCCAAGUCUGUGGACAUGUGGGCCCUCGGCUGUGUCCUAUACACGCUGCUCUGCGGUUUCCCCCCUUUCUACGACGAGAGCAUCGAGGUGUUGACCGAGAAGGUGGCCAAGGGACAGUUCACGUUCCUGUCACCGUGGUGGGAUGAUAUCUCGAAGAGCGCACAAGAUCUCAUUUCCCAUCUUCUGGCUGUGGAUCCCGAGAAGAGGUUCACCAUUACCGAGUUCCUCGCCCACCCUUGGAUCCGCGGGUCCGGCCCCACGCCGCGCGAUGAGCGACCGCCGAGCGUCGAGCCGCUUCGUGCUUUCGACCCGUCACGCUUCGGCGAGGGCGCUCAGCGCUACGACUUCCGCUCACCUGGCGCCGUCAACCUGCGCGAGGUCUUUGAUGUCGGUUACGCCGUCCACAGGCAAGAGGAAGAGGCGAAGCGACGCAAGCAAAUGGGAGUCAAGGCGGGCGAGGCGACUGCACUGGCCGGCUUGAAUGAAGAGUCCGAAGACGAGGACAGCCAAAUGACCGACGCCAAGGACGCCGAAUACGUCCACAAGCCCACACAGGGCACACAGGCUCUCGAGCAGAGCAUGCGAAACGCCCACAUCAGGGAUCAGAAGGAGAGGGAGCGCGGUCGCGAGCGUGAGAGGCACGCUCCGACCGAGAAGGGAUACGGCCAGCACUCGCCGGCUGUGACGGCGGCUGCUCGACAGCAGGUGCGGGAUCGCAACCGACAGAAGGGCGCUUUCGAGUUGAACCUCGACGGCGCGACAUUGCUCGGACGCCGUGCGAAGCAUCCUCUGGCUGAGGUUACCGGAGCAUAGAUUGUUCGAUCCCGUUCACAGGAAUAGGCCUCCAAGGUCAACUCGAACGCCGUGACGGCGAAGAAGUAUGCAGAGCAAGCCUAUAUGGGGAGGAUACGAAUCAAUCUAGAUUUGUGGGAGUUCCGGGAGAGGUGUGGUUCGGCCUGACACGGACAGUUGGUCCACAUCGGCACUGUCUCAUCAACAACAGGUCUAGGAGGAUAUUGCGCAACUCUAGGCUCGACGGGCAACGCAAUACGGCGGUGGGAUGAUUCAGGGUGCACAAACUACGUGGUCAUGGAGCGGUUUCUUGUUUUGCUAUUUCCUGCUGGUCAUUCGUUUGUCGUUUCUUCUCUUUUUCGCGCCGCCUAUCGAUUUCCACUCUGGCACUAAGAUUAGACCGAGCUUCGUCGGCUCAUGCUGCGGUCGAGCAGUGGCGAGGUCGCCUGGGACUAUGCAUCCAUCGCGAGGAGUUAUGGUAACUUAGGAAACAGAUUCCAUUUCUUCCA